CUCGCCGAGAACCGAAAAUGGCCUUAAAAAAGCUCGCAUUUUUCCUCCUCUCCGCCGUCGUCUUCUCCACCGCCGUUGCGGCCACGCGGCCGGGCUCCGGCGGGAACUCAACCGAGUUCAUCCGCACGUGCUGCGGGGCGACGCGGUACCCGCGGCUCUGCUUCAACUCCAUGGCCGGCUACGCGAACGCGGUCCAGGAGGACCCCGUCCAGGUGGCCCAGCUGGCCACCAACCUCACCCUCGCCCGCAUCGGCAGCCUCGCUGGCCGGGUGAAGCAGCUCCGGCGCGGGGCGUCCGGCCGGGUGGCGGCGGCGCUGGUGGACUGCACGGAGGCGCUGGGGGACGCGGCGGACGAGGCACGGAGGACGGCGGCGGAGCUGACGGGGCUGGAGGCGGCGACGGGGCCGGAGGUGGCGUGGCGGGUUUCCAACGCCCAGACAUGGAUGAGCGCGGCGCUGACGAACGAGGACACCUGCACCGACGGCUUCGACGGCGUCAGCUCCGGCCCAGUGAAGGCCGAGGUCUGCCGCCGGAUUCGCCGGGUCAUGCAGUUCACCAGCAACGCCCUCGCCCUUGUUAAUAACCUCGUUAACAGCCGCUAAUGCUAAUACCUCUCUCUCUCUCUCUGUGUUGUUGAAUUAGAUAUGGGUGGAUCUUACACCUAACUAAGUUUGUUAUUUUAGUUGGUUAAAGAGCAAAGGUUUGGUCUGUUUUAGUUACAGUACAGUUAAUUGCAUAUAAUGAUAUUUAUGUGUAUGGUUGUUGAAAGGGGAUAAAAUAGUAGUUGUUUGUAGU